AUGGCGGACAGCUUUCUGCAGUCUCACUCAAAGCAGCGCUGCCCGAUCGAUCCACUGCGCGAUGGUGAGAUCUUCAUGGGCGACAAAUGGCAACCGCAAGAGCCCAGAGGGGGUGAAGUGGACCAGAGUAAGGGAAACUUUGGAUACCAAUGGAGGCCCCUCUCCUGCUUCGAGAGCGAUGAGGACCUGCAGCCCUGGGUGCAACGCCUGGGUCAAAGACACCAGCUGCAGCAGCUGGCGCUGCAGUUGGAGCUGCCGAGGCCAAAGCCAGAGAUCGGCUGGAAGGACGGCCCUUUGCAGGAACUCCAGCUGUUGGCACUGGCUUUCGAGAGUGGCCUGCAGUGGCGGCAAUGCGAUCAGAAUGGAUGCACCUUGAAGGAAUGGGCAGAGGAGAAGGAGAUCCUGAAAAGCACCGUGAAGUACUUUCAGGAAGAGCUGCCGAUGGAUUUCAAGGGCCCUGUCUGGAGCGGCAAAGCUGCACGGGUGCUGAGGCUCUGCGCAGACGCGGUGCAGAAGAAGGGUUGGAACGACUGGGAGGAGCAGCGCGACCUGAAGAAGUUCACUUUGAAGGACUGGGAAGACUGGGACUUCAAAGGUGACGAGGUGAAACAGAAAGCCAUGAAGGAGCGCGGUCUGCUGCUGCGGCAGUUCCUGCGUGCCAUGGAGGUGUGCCCUGAGGUGCCGGCGGAAAAGGCCGCGGCGCGGCGUUGGAAGACCUGA